GACAACAAGCAUAUUUAAAAUUAAGCGGCUAUUUUUUUUAUCUUGUUCCCAUGGGGGAAGACGUUUUACUUCUUACUUUGUACUAUCAACACUCUCCCCACACUUUCUCCCCUCUCAUAAACGUCACUCAAAACAAAUAAUAUUAGUAGACAUUAAUUACAAUUUAGUAAAUAAAAUUUUAAAACAGAUCUCAAAUAGGCUAGAAAAAUUAGAUAAAAAUGCCUUCUAAAGCUUCAGUCAAUUACUACAUAACUUAGGGUUUAAUUAGGGUUAAACACAACCGGUUAUUUUAACAGGUACCCUCAGUUUCAGUUUUUUGAAAUGCGCUAAUUAAAAAUACCCCAGUAUUGCUUUACAAAUGUUUACCUUCACCCAUUUAUUUAUCGAAACAUUCAACUUCCUCAAAAACAAAAAUAUUUAUUUUUUCUGUUCAAAAGCUCAUAUAUUUGUUCAAAAGCUUUUAAAAUUUUAUGUUGUUUUUUCCCACAAAAUUAUUUAAAAAAUUCAAGUCAUUUUUUUCUUACUUAAAGCUUUUUGCUUUUAAAUAUUUCCAUAUUAUUUCCUCGGAUUAUGCGGAAGGAAAUGACCAACUUUUUAAGGACUCGUUGGAAAGUGUUUGGUGGGAACAUAAAAAACAUUAACUUAUAAUAAUGGAAAAUAUGCUUUUUAAUGAAUCGAUGGCGCCAGUCUUCCAUAAAAAUGCCAAGAAAAAUUUUUUUAUUUGGAAACUUAUUUUGCACUUUGCUCUAAAUAUUUUUUUGGUUUUUGCCUUAGACUGAGAUUGAGGUUCAACUAAAAUUGAGUUCAAAAUUGAGCAUGUUUUUUCCUUUGAUUUUCCUUCUAAAAUGCGCCUAAUCUCUCCUCGCGCAUUUUAAACUAUCAAAUGACUUGUUUUUUCCUACAUAAUCGUUGGUCUUUCUAUUUAUAUUUUAUUAUUAAUGUGCAAAAAAUUAUUUUUUGAAUAUUAUUCUCCAUACUCCCUUGAGGCUUAGAAAAAUAUGCCAAAAAUGGGAACCAGGUUUUUUAUUAUUAUUCUUAUCCCUUUUUACCUCUCCUUACGAUUUGUAACGGAUGAGGCUUAUUUUUUAUCCAAAAAUGUAUUCUCUUUAUUUGUAAAUUUCUCCUCGUUUUUAUCUA